AUGGCGGUCCAGAUUGUCUCCGACCUGCAUCUAGAGUCUCCCAUGGCUUACGACAUGUUCGACAUUACUCCCACGGCACCAUACUUGGCUCUCCUUGGAGACAUUGGCUACAUCGAAGCACACAACGCCGACUGUCUUGCAUUUCUAACGCGACAAUUGAAACAGUUCAAGGCUGUGCUGUUCGUCCCUGGCAAUCAUGAGGCGUACCGAUCCAACUGGGACGAUACCAUCCAACUUCUGCGUAUCUUUGAGAAGGAAACCCGUGACGACGCGUCUCUUGGGGAAUUCAUCCUCCUCGACCGAGCCGCCUACCGCCUACCGGGUACAAACAUCGUCGUUCUAGGCUGCAGCCUUUUCUCUCACAUCUUGCCCGAUAAACACCUGGCUGUUGGCAUGGGCAUCAACGAUUUCUACCAGACAACCGACUGGACCACAGACACCCACAACGCCAUGCAUCAACGGGAUGUCGCUUGGCUCAACCGUCAGGUCGCUGACCUGGACCGCUCCGACGUCCGCAUCAUCAUCCUUUCGCACUGGAGCCCUUCUCUGGAUCCUCGUGCUGUGGAACCAAAGCACGCCGGAAGCUCUAUCACCAGUGCUUUCGCCACCGACAUGUCGGGGCAGCCUUGCUUCAAGAGCAGCAAAGUCAGGGCGUGGGCAUUCGGGCACACCCAUUACAACUGCGAUUUUUCGCUUGACCGAGGCAAUGGCGUCGAGCCCUUGAGGCUAAUUACCAACCAGAGGGGGUACUACUUUGACCAGGCUGCUGGUUUUGAUCCGGAGAAGGUGGUCUCGGCAUAA